UGGUGGGGGGGGCUGCUGCUGCUGCUGCUGCGCAGGAGUGUAUCACAGGAAACGUUUGCACCGUAGAAAUCCCCAAAGGAGCCCCUGAAAAGUAUCAAUGUAGCCAACAAUUACGGAAUCGACUGGGAAGGCGAGGGGGUUGCCUCACUGUGUUCCUGAGGCGCAAGCUGAUCAAACACAGGGCAUUAUGGGAAUGUUUUACCUGCUGCCACCACCAUGGAUUUGACCCCGGGUGAAGCCGAAUGUGGAUGAAAGUGUCACCAGAGCCAGCAAAAUACAACAUUCAAGCCAAGAUACCCUUAUACUGAGCCAAAAAGAAACUCGUCCUCAUACAGAAGGAACGUCCACUUGCCAUCAAUCAGCCACCACAAUGCUGAUGCCAGGACUGUUGUGGGUGUGCUUGACACUAGUUGUGUUGAGAGGCUGCCAUGCCCACAGCCUGUUCACCUGCGAGCCAAUCAAAGGACAUCGCUGCCUGGGGAUGCCCUACAACAUGACCUUCUUCCCCAACAUGAUGGAGCACUACGACCAGGACAUCGCAGCUAGUAAGAUGGAGCCAUUCAUGCCCCUGGCGAACCUGCACUGCUCUCCAGAUGUGCACCGCUUCUUGUGCCAGGCCUUCAUCCCAGCAUGCACGGAGGAGACCAAGGUGAUCCAUCCAUGCAGAGAGCAGUGUGAGGCUGUGCGAUCCGACUGCAAGAAGGACAUUAUUACAUUCGGCAUCAACUGGCCCCCUGAGCUGCAGUGUGACAGACUGGAACCAUGUAGCUCUGUGGGUGGUCCAGCGAUUUCUGCCACCACCCCCAAUAGUUCCCCAUCAGCAAAGAGGGACCUGGGCUUCUGGUGCCCACUUCAGCUGAAGACCAAACCGGGCCAGGGCUCAUCGUUCCUGGGUGCCCAGGACUGCGCUCCCCCAUGCUCUAACAUGUACUUCAAACCCCAUGAAAUCGAUUUUGCCAAGAGUUUCAUUGGCGUGUGCUCCAUUGUCUGUCUGGGCGCUACGCUCUUCACCUUCCUCACCUUCUUGAUCGAUGUCAAACGGUUCCGCUACCCCGAGAGGCCGAUUAUCUUCUACGCCAUCUGCUAUAGCUUCGUCUCACUCAUCUAUUUCAUUGGCUUCCUGCUGGGGAACAAUGCAGCCUGCAUCAAGGCCUCCCAUCCGGCUGCUGUAGACUUAGUGGUGCUGGGCUCUCAGAGUAAAGGCUGCACUCUACUCUUCAUGCUUCUCUACUUCUUUUCGUCCGCUGGUAUCGUCUGGUGGGUCAUCCUCACCAUUACCUGGUUUCUGGCGGCUGGCCCCAAGUGGAGCUGUGAGGCCAUUGAAAAGAAAGCGGUAUGGUUCCACUCAGCAGCCUGGGGGAUCCCCGGGGCGCUGACCGUCAUACUGCUGGCUCUGAAUAAGGUUGAAGGGGACAACAUCAGCGGGGUGUGUUUCGUGGGGCUGUAUGACCUGGACACCCUGCGGUACUUUGUGCUGGCUCCGCUGUGUGUGGGUGUGAUAGUGGGUCUCUCUCUCCUCUUGGCUGGGAUCGUGUCUCUCAACCACGUCCGGCAGGUCAUCCAGCAUGAUGAGCGAAACCAGGAGAAGCUGAAGAAGUUCAUGAUCCGCAUCGGGGUGUUCAGUGGGCUGUACCUGGUACCGCUGGUCAUCCUGUUGGCCUGCUACACCUACGAGCAGAGUCAGCGCAAGACCUGGGAGAAUACCUGGAUCAACGACCACUGUCAGGAGUACAGCAUCCCCUGCUCAUACAAGACAACAGAUUAUGAUCGCCCUGAUUUGUCACUAUUUCUGGUGAAAUACCUCAUGACACUUGUGGUGGGGAUAUCUGCGGUAUUCUGGGUCAGCAGCAAAAAGACCUGCUCAGAGUGGGCCUACUUCUUUAACAGAACCCGAAAGAGGGACCCCAUCAGCGAGAGCCGCCGGGUGCUCCAGGAGUCCUGCGAGUUCUUCCUUAAGCACAACAACCGUGUGCAGCACAAAAAGAAGCACUACAAGCCCAACUCCCACAAGCUCAAAGUCAUUUCCAAGUCCAUGGGGACUAGUACCGGCACCGCACCAACCAAUGCUUCCGCUGCCACCGCCAACCAAGGCACCUCAGCGCCGGCCAACUUUGACCGCCAUGUCCAAGGCUCUCUUUCUGAGCCCAAGGGCUCCUCCGAGGUCUUGGCCAGGGAGCAUUUGGACCGGGGGGCCUCUAGCCGGAGCUCCAAGCGAGGGGAAAGAGAGAGGGAUAGGGAGAGUGGCCCACAGAAGGAGGGGUUAGAGAGACGCAGCAAGGCGGGAAGUUCCAGUAAGAUCAGCAGCCACUCAGACAGCUUCCACAGAGUCCCAGAUGGAAGGUUGAGUCCCAGGAGUGACCUGUCGGAGGCCAAGCAGAUUCCUAGUGGACAGCAGCCUCCAGCGUCCAACAUGUCACACGGCGGCAGCAUCAAAGGCUCUUCCUCCCACCUACGCCAAAUAGUGGAGAGCAAGGACAGCAGCUGCUGAGACAACGCCUUGCAAUUUCAUUUUUCCAUCCAUCCAUCCAACCAGCCUUAAAACCACACUACACUUUGGUUUAAUUGUCCUUGCUCUAAACACCAGAUUUCAUCUAUUCAUUUUGGCUGUGUGCUAUAGUUUGCUGUCGCUGUUAAAUCUGUAUGUCCACGAUGAUUUGAACAGUUACACUGUGUUAAGUUGGUCUGCAUUGUGAGCCAAGUUUAAUUUCCCUCAAGUAUUUGAAACUUGGCAUCUUCGGUCCAGUGUGUUUUAGGGAGAAUCUAAACAGAGAGUUUAGCAGUUUUUUGCCAUUUCCUCCAGAUAUAUAGGUGGCCCCUGAGUGUUAGAGCUUUAUAAAGGAUUUUUUUUCCAAGCUUUUUACCGUCGUGUAGAAAAAUUGUCUAUGUUGUAUGGGUUUAUUUCCACUGACCAACAACCAGUGGUCAUGUCAUUUUACAGUAUACAUUACAAGUAAUACCUUUUUGUAGAUUGAUAUUUCAGUAAUGUAGUCUGCAUACUAGUAAACAAACUCAAUAUUUAUGUAAAUUAUAUUCUAUUGUUUGGAAAUCAAAGCCUGUCACUGGACUAGUCUUUACACUGAGUGUUUGUCAUGAGGAACAUCAUGAUCUUGCCAAAUGGUCAAAUUGAGGAAAGUCUUCCUGUGGUAAACUUCUUUUGUUAUGUCUUAGUUAUUGACAUUGUUAAAAAGAAAGGCGGCGAUGUCUUGAAAUGUUGCCCAGCAAAAAAACACAAAAAAAAGUGUAAUGCCUUCUGUGUAACUGCUUUUUACGCUGAAACUUGCAUGUUUGUAAAGUUCAUGCAGCCGAUGUUUCCACACUGCUGAUUCUGGGAUUUACAUUUCAGCUCUGUCAAAACUUUGUAUUUAUUAUAAUGUUUAUGACAGCUUUCCUAUUUAGAUGUUCUUUGUACUUGUUUUUGUAAUUUUUACAGAAUUCCUACCCUUCCCAAGUUGUUUUCCCCCUUCGUGCCUUCAUUUAGAUAACUUCUUAUCCUCAGAGUAUUUUAAGGAACCUACAGACUUUUUUUUAUGUGUAAUAUGGCUAUUACACAUAUAUUCCCUUUUUUGUGAAAUUUGAGGGUUGAGGUCAAUGGGGCUUUGCACUUUGAAUGUCAUUGGAAGCACAAACCACUUGUGUGUUUGGUAUAAUAAUGAUGUAUGGGACAGUCCUUGGAAACUUAAUUUUGGGGAUUUGGGGCUUUGUUCAUGGGUUAUUUAUAACAUAUGGACCACAAACCAUAUGAUUCUCCUGUAAGUAAUUCCACAAUGAGAUUCUAUGAAAAUCACCCUGGUGUCUUCAUGCUGUAAUGUAUGCUUUACUGUACAGUACGGGGGGAUUGGGUUUCCUACUGUCAGAUGUGGUAGCUUUCCUUCGCCUGUCUUUUGAACUUGUCAUAUUUUGGACUCACGGGACAGUCCGGUUACAUUAAGUAAAGGGAAAGCUUGGUAGUCCAUUUCAUACUAGUGUUUUUAUUUCCUCAUUAUUGGCUCAUUCACAGGGAUCCUGUUAAAUGAUGCGCCGAAAACUAGUGUAAAUUAUCUGUGAAAAGUUUUAUACGUUUUUUUAAAACACCUUUUAGCCAAUUUUAUAGCCUAUUGUUUGCAAGCGGUUUUUGUAUCGACCUCGUUGUCUUUUGAUAAAGAAAUAUGAUUGAUCAUUAAAACGAAAGCUUAAA